CCAUUUAAUUGCCAUAGUUCAAAUGUUGCUGGCACGAAUCUUGCAAGGAAUAACUGGAGGAUUUACGUUCAUUAUGGCAAUAAUUUUCGAGUCAGAAAUUGCCUUUACGAACAUCCGAGGGGUACUAACAGUCCUUCCAACUGUGUCAUUCAACGUUGGGAUUAUUCUUGUAAAUUUAUUUGGGAUCGGUUUUCCUAAUAAUUGGGAAAUUGUUUGCUUCAUCUGCAGCUUGGUGUGCUUGAUUAUAACAAUUGCGACAAUAUUUGUUCCUGAAACUCAAUCAUUUUCAACUGCAAAGAAGACGGGAAGUGAAUCUCAAGUCUUUUUGGAUGAACCUCACAAGAAAGUUCCAAAGGAAAUGAUUUAUCUGAAAAAUCUUGAGCAAAUGAUUUCACAAUAUCGCAAAAGGAGUCCCCUUCAUGACGAUUUUAGGGAUUUCUGGGCUAAUUUCCGGAAGAAGCAUCUCUUACGCCCACUCAUCAUUCUCUUUGGCAUUAACUUCUUCUUCCACUUCUCUGGCUUUUACAUUAUUUGCAUCUACACGGCCUAUAUCCUUCACGCAAUGCAAGUGCAACAACAUGUUACUCUCUUGAUACUCUGUGUGAACUUUAGUCGUCUUGCCGGAGUUGCCAUAGCAUUGAUUUGCUUCCUGAAAAUUAAGAGGACUCUUACUUUCAAGCUAAGUGGGAUAGGGAUGAUUAUUAGCCUCGUGGGAUUGGUAAUUUUAUCGUUCUUCCCCGCAAUGAAAAUUAUUUCAGUGAUUUUCCUCAUAAUCUACGUCUUCUUCAAUUCUCUGGGCUUUACAAUCCUCGUGUGUGUCCUAGUUCCGGAAAUAAUCCCAAAAAUAUUCAGAACAACAAUCUUGACCAUCAUUGUGAUAUUCAGCAGCAUUGUGGGCUUCUGCCUCAUCGUUAGUUUCCCCCACAAGUCUGUGGAUGUUGGGAUUCACUUCCUCUGCUAUGCAGUUUUGAACUUUUUUGCAAUUAUUUUUGUUCAUCUUGCUAUUCCGGAGACAUACAAAAAGUCCUACGAACAGAUUCAAGCUCAAUUUCAUCCAAAGAAUCAUCAUCUGCAUCAUCCUCAUCUGCAGCAUCAUGAGGUAUUACAGAAGCAAACAGAAGGAUCAGCAGCAACAACAGCUGCAACAUGUGCAGCAUCAGGAUCAUAAACAACAGAAAUAGCAGCAACUGCAACAGGGAUCUUUGAAAUAACAACAAAAUCUGCAAAAAGGAAGGCGAAUAGUAGCAUCAACAGCUACACCAGGAGCAACAUCUGGAGCAACAACAACAGCAACAGAAGCACAAAAAUAGUAUCAACCAGGAAGAGAGGAGACAAAGCAAUUUCAUUAAAUAAAAUUAUAGAGAACGAUCAUUCUGAACUAUGCUAAUCAGGUGUUACGUAAUCCAAUACUAUAAAUUAGUCAAUUAGUGUUUCUCACAACAUGAUUUUCAUUAUCAAGGCUUGCGGGCAUUUAUCAGCGAGACUGUGUUGGCAAAGUUCACAAAACAGCAGCAAAUGAAUGAAAAAAUAAUCGAAUUGAUAACGCAUAAUAUCGCAAAUAAUUUUAUUCUUCACAACAGCAGAGCACGCAAUUGUUGCACUUUUAUUAAACAUUUUACUCCCUAAGAAUAGAACCAGGAUGAAACAUUUUUUUAUAUCUAUUAAUUAUAAUAAUUUCUCAUUUUCUUUAUACAAAAAAUAAAAA